UCAGCAGCUUUAUUCCCAUCGCAGCCUGUGCUCUCCCUGUCAUCAUGAAGGUUUCCUUCACCCUCUGCAUCCUCUUGGCUUUCAUAGAUGCAGGGAGCUCUCUUCAGUGUGAGGUUUGCCAUGAAAUAGGGGAGAGCUGUUCCGGCCCCAUGGAAACCUGCGAUACUGGCAAAGAAACCUGUGGCAUCAUGAAGCACGAAGCUGUACAAGAGUCAAAGAGGAUUGUGAUAACCCAAAAGUCCUGCCUGCACUCCAACAGUUGCCGAGCAGACCCCAUUAGUAUGAACUUUGGGAACGGAAUAACACAAAGGAACGGAAUCAUCUGCUGUGUGGGAGAAGCCUGUAAAACAGCAUCUGACCCAUUGCCACCAAUGAACACCGUGCCCAAUGGCCUGCAGUGUCCGGCAUGCUACACUGAGAAUUCUUACCAGUGUAGUGAAGACACUGUGCGUUGUACCGGAGCCCAGACCCAGUGUUUUGAUAUAGCUGGGAAAAUAACCAUUGGCAUACUACCCCUAAAAACCGCAAUGAAGGGCUGCACCACCGAGUCUGAGUGCACUGCACCAAAAGGGGAGAAAGGGUUCGAUAUGGACAUUGUGAGGUUUGAGUGCAAACCAGCCUCCAGCAGAGGCCACAAGGCUCUUGGAUUUGCCCCUUGUGUCGCCCUCCUCCUUCCACCCCUGUCAAGGCUUAUCUUGGUGCAGCUGCUUUCUUGAUCUUUCCUGCAGGUCUUGGGACACAUGCCCACAGUUGCUGUGCUGAAGCCACUCUAUCUGCUGCUUGCACAUGGCACUUUCUGCAGUUGUUUUUCCCUUGCAGGGACUCUCUGUUUUCUACUGGAAUCUCUCUGCCUUAGCCUUUUGCAAUGAAGCCAAGAAAAAUCUUCUAGAUUUUUGAUUUAUUUAAGUUGGUGAAGUUUAAUUAUAUUGGGCAUCACGAUGGCUAGGCUGGGACCCAGCGAGACCCUGUGUAGAACCACUAGACCAGGGGUAGGCAACCUAUGGCACGGGUGCCGAAGGCGGCACACACACUGAUUUUCAGUGGCACUCACACUGCCCGGGUCCUGGCCA